GCGGCGUUCUGGAGACCUCUUGCUCUCCUCGUCCAUGAAAGCCAAGCCAGCAACAAUCUCCCCAGGCUGCUCAGCCAACAGCAUGUGGCUCAAGAACACCGUCCCCCUCCUCCUCCUGCUCCUCCUCUUCAGGACUGCCCAAGGGAACCAGGGCUGUGGUGGUAGUCCCAACGACAGCUGUCCCUAUCAAGAUGUCUACACAAGAACGAGAGAUAUCACAGAGAUCCCAAAGUCAGUAGCUUCCAUUAUCACUGAAAUGUUCUUUGUUCAGACCAGCCUUGUAGAAAUCAGAGAGGGAGCCUUCCGAAACAUGCCCAACCUAGUGAAAAUUGAAUUUAUGAACAACAAGAUUAAAAGAGUUGAAGCAGGGGCAUUUGAUAACUUGGAGAAACUGGAGGAUUUGGAAAUAACGGGGGCUGAGCUAGAUGAUCUCCCUCUGGGCACCUUCCAAUCCCUGUCUCAUCUGCGGAAAGUGAACCUGAGGGACUCCCAGAUCAAAAGGAUUGAAAAGGGACUCUUCGAUAAUCUUGGGAAUUUGGAAGAGAUCUAUCUGCAUAUGAAUGAAAUCCCUUCUCUCCCUGAUGGAGUUUUUGAUGGGCUUCCUAAACUCACCUUACUACAUCUGGCAAUGAACAAGAUCUCAAACAUCUCACAGGAUGUCUUCAGGCAGCUGACACAGCUGAGGGCUCUCCGGCUGCAGAAAAACCAGAUCAUUAGUCUAGCAGAGGGGAGUCUGGACAGCCUGCAGGGCCUGGUGGAGCUCAACCUUGAAAGCAAUAGGGUUCGGACUCUGUCGCCCACCUUGCUAAGACAGCUGACCAACCUGGAGAAGCUUUCUCUGGACAACAACUUGCUUGAAGUCCUCCCAGAUGAGCUGUUCUUUGGGCUGAGAAAAAUGAAACAGCUGAAGAUAGCGUCCAACCUCUUGAAAGUGCUGCCAGCCUUGGGCGCCAUGCCAGUGCUGAAGGAGCUGGACCUGAGCAGAAACAGGCUCUUGUCCCUGGAGAAUUUGGCACUGGCUUCUCUCCCGUCACUGACAACUCUCAGGCUUCAAAGAAACCUUCUAGAGAGCCUUCCCACAGGCCAGUUUGACCACCUGGGAAAACUUAAUUCCCUGUACCUUGGUGACAAUCCAUGGAGGUGUGACUGUCGUAUUUCCUAUCUUCAUCAGUGGAUAAGCAGCAAUACCAAAAUAAUAAAAGAUGCCAGAAGGGUGAUCUGUAGAAGCCCAGGCAGCCUGGUUGGGACAGAAGUCAGUUCGCUGACAAAAGACCAGUUAGUCUGCUUAACGACCACCCCCAUUUUAUCCACCUUUAAAACCACACGGUCGCCCAUGCCUGCUUCUACAUCGGCCACCUCAGCGGGGAAGAGCACGGCAGGUGCCCCAGUUUUGUCCACCACACUCCACGCGACCACCACGUCUGAGGCUUCAGCCACAGCUCCCCAAACUAGCCCUGCUACAAGCAGGCAAAUCCUGAAGACCAGCAGGGCGUUGCCUGAAGCGCCCCUGACGCAGACCCUGGCUUCGAGUCCCCCCAGCGCCCCCACCCAGAGCUCCACGUCCACCAGGACAAGUCCCGAAGUCACAAGCCCUCAAUCUGCAGCUCCCACAAGCAGUCCAACCACAACCACAGAUGCCACAACUGUCACCGAGGUUCCUUCCACAACCCAGGAAGUGGCCCCUCCCCUGAGCCACCGGUCCUCACCUUGCACAGACACUCCGACCACAGACUACACACUGGGUACCAGGACCAAGGAGGCCACUGCAGCCCGGGGCUCUCCCACCUCAACAUCCCUCACGGCCCCAACCCGUAUCAGCUCAGCGACCCUUUCUGCGCAGUUCACAACUCCCAAGACAUCCACAGAAACUCAGGAUCCACCCACUAGCAGUCCUGCGAUCACCCCAUCAUACAUGACCACCUCUAUGCCACGCGUGAGCAGUAUCAAAACCCCCUGGGUCAGGGUCUCCUCCACCAAGACGUUCCCUUCCUGGCAGAUUUCUACUCCAACAGGCGCUGGGACAGACCCUUGUGGGUCUCACUCCCUGGCUGUGUGUAGCUCUCGGCCCUCAGCUCCAGAAACGCCUGCCAGGCGGGCAGUCACGGUGCCUGGCACCACACCCCCUUCAGCAAGGCUGACACAGACUCCCAUUGCUGGCUCGGCCUCAGAGCUUCCCUCUGCAGCAAAUCACACCUACUGUUCUUCCCCCUCCCCCCCUCCUUCUCUCCCCCGUGCUGGGACCCCCCUUCCCCCCCACAUGACCUCCCUCCUUCCCCUGUUUCAGGCCUGGGGCUUCUUGCUCAGUCCCAACUACUGGUAUUGCCAGGUGUUCCUCCUGCUGUACCUUUCCAUGCUCUGCGUGGAAGUCUUGUGCGCAGUGGUCUUAGGGCGUCUGGCGUAUGCACUCCACAAAGCCACAGGGUCAGUUGAGCUGCCUUCCAGGCCAGUGAGGCUGUUGCACGUCGAGGCCAGAAAAGGGGGGGCAUGAAUGUUUGGGGAGCAGAAGGUGGUCCUGCAAUCUCUCCAGCAGGAGCUCUUGCCUGCUGGGGCACCUCCUGCGACCCAGCACAGAGGCGCUUCUCGCCAAUACUGCCCCCCAACUGGACUCCAGAGGAGAGGGUGGAUGGGGAAAUUGAGUGUGCCAGCUGUAGCCCUGCCUGGAACAUGAGGACCUUUCUUGUCCUUCUCACCAUGUGGCUGGGCUACCACAAUGCACCUGUGGUGGUAAAAGGUCCCCUCCCAUGCACGUGUAAGCUGCAUUAUUACCGAACCUCUGAGAUGUCCCCCCACCCAGCUACACAUGAACAACUGAAAGUGCCCUUGCAAGAAAACAUUCCUGGCAAGCUGAACUGACCCUGAGUGGUGACAGGAGGAAGAGUCCACCAGGACCCCGUGGCCCAGGAAACCAAAUUGCUUCUAUUCACCAAGCAUAUCUCAGAGAUAAUAUGGCUAGCAUGCUAACCUCAUAGGAAGGGAUGAAUAAUAAUGUGGUCACAUGGAUGGGUUUAUCUAAAACAUUCCAAUGUCACACUGUAAUUUCUGCUGUGUCUGCCUUUUCCUUUGUCUUGUCUUUGCAAAGUAGGCCAAAGGUAUAUAAACUCUGGUUCUGCUUUUGAUCAGGGCUGCUAAGCAAAGUGCCAAAGCUUUGCUGGGAGCCCAGUAUAUAC